AUGAAGAUGAGAAGCUCACACAGAUCUGAUCACAUCGCCCACCUUCUGCUCCUGAUAUCGGGGGUCUCCUCCCUCCCGCCCCGCCCCCCGCCCCGUCCGCCCAGGUCACCGGGCCCGGCGGCUCCUCCCCGUCUCGUUCCCGGCCCCGGGAGUCACGGGGUGCGCCCGGCUCGGUGCCCAGGUUUGAGUCAUCCGCCGGAAGCGUGGCCCGGACUCCGGCCGGAAGGGAAUCUUCAGAGCCGCAGCGGCAGCAUCGGGGCAGCAGCGUCUGGAGCGCACCUGGAGCUUCCCAGGUACCGGGCAGGAGAGCUCCCGGGGUCCCGGGGAGGGAGGGGGGCCGGGGACGGGAGCGCGGAGGCCCGGGCUGCGGUCCGCGCGCUGCAGGAGCCGAGGACGUCGGGGAACCGGGGCAGCCAGGCGGGAGGCUGCGGCUCCCCGGGAUCCCGCAUCCCGCGCCCGGUGGUGACCCGCGCAGCCCGGGGGCCCGCGGUCCUCCCCGUCCGGCCACGCCUCCGGGGGGGUUGGGGUUUUGGUGAGUGGGCAGGAAGCUUGGGAGACGGCGGCGGCGGCGGCAGCGGGAAGCCCCGGGCUUCCCAGGAAAACCGGGGCGCGACUGGAAUUCCCGGGGCGCCCCACUGCACCCUUAUUGCUGUCCAAGGGAUCACUGAUGAUUAUGAUAAAACAAAACUAGUGAAGGCAUUGAAGAAGAAAUUGGCCUGCAAUGCUACUGUAAUUGAACACCCAGAAUAUGGAGAAGUAAUUCAGCUCCAGGGUGACCAGCCUAAGAACAUAUGCCAGUUCCUGGUAGAGACUGGACUGGCUAAGGGUUUAAAUGCUUGUGGCCCACUGAAGCUUAAGUGA